UUCGUGACCACGCAAAAAAUUAUUGAGAAUCUAGUACGUCCAGGCCAGAAAGCGCAUUCGACCAGGCAUAUGCAGCUCUUGCAGGUCGGAGGGGACAGCAUCUCACUCCCAGACAGAAACAUCUCCCCUGCAUCCACACAACGCACUCACGGACCUACACAGUCACCAUGGCGCCAAGCAGCACCAACCGCGGCCGCCGCCGCGUGCUCCUCCUACCGCUGCCCUACCAAGGCCACAUCAACCCCAUGCUGCGCCUCGCCGCCGCGCUGCACUCCCGCGGCCUCGCGGUCACCAUCCUCCACCCGGAGACCCGCGCGCCGGACCGCCGGAAGCUCCCGGCAGACUACCGCCUGGUCACCAUCCCAGACGGCAUAUCUCCGGAGCUCGCCGCGUCCGAGGACAUCGCGUCGUUCGUCUUCGCGCUGAACAAGAACUGCGCGGCGCCGUUCGGGGACUACCUGGCCGGCGCCCUUAGAAAGGAGGAGGAGGACGGCCGCGUCGCCUUCGUGGUCGCCGACGUGGACUGGUUCGCGCCGCUCUCCGUGGCCAGGGAGCUGGGCGUGGCCGCUCUGGCCCUCAUGACCAGCAGCGCCGCCAGGUUCCUGGUGUACCUGGCGUACCCAAGCCUAUCCCACAAGGGCUAUUUGCCCGUCCAAGAGUCGAAUUUCAACACCACAGUUGAGGAGCUUCCCCCCUUCGUUGUACGAGACUUGGAUUGCGUGAUGGACAUGGCUCGACACCUCGCGUACGCUGAUCUCCUCGCCCACAUUGUCGCCGGCGUGCGGCAAUCCUCCGGCCUAAUAAUCAACACGUCUGAAGACAUCGAGGGCAUGGAGAUCGAGAGAAUCCGCAGCGAGAUCACCCUCCCGGUGUUCGCCGUCGGCCCUCUGCACAUGAUGACGUCGUCUUCAUCCGUUCAGAGCAGCCUACUGACAGAAGAUCGCAGCUGUUUGGACUGGCUGGAUACACAACGGCCAAACUCUGUGCUCUACGUGAGCUUUGGGAGCCUGGUGGGCAUCGACACAGAUGAGUUCUUGGAGAUGGCCUGGGGCCUGGCCGACAGCCAGCGCCCGUUCCUGUGGGUGGUCCGGCCGGGGCUGGUGCACGGCUGCGAGUUCAGCGCGCUCCCCGAAGAGCUGCAAGAGAAGAUAGGUAGCAGAGGCAGGAUAGUCAGUUGGGCUCCGCAGCAGGAGGUGCUGAAGCAUCCGUCUGUGGUCGCGUUUCUCGCGCACUGCGGCUGGAACUCGACGACGGAGAGCAUAUCGGAAGGCGUGCCGAUGAUAUGCAGACCGUUGGCCAGCGAUCAGAUGGGCACUAGCAGGUAUGUGUGUGAUGUGUGGAAGGUGGGGGUUAGGGUGGAGGUGGAGAACCAGCUGAAGAGAGGGGACGUCCAGGCGGCCAUCACAAGACUGAUGGAAGGAAAGAAAGGUGAAGAGGUCAGAGAAAGAAUGAAAGAUCUGAGGCAUGUGAUGAGAAAGCGUACUGAUGAAGGUGGGACAUCUGAUGUUGCUUUGCAACGUUUAGUGGAUUUCAGUGUUUAAGCUAGCACUUAACUAUUGUUAGUGGAUUUCAGUGUAGAAGCACUUAAUUACUCAGACUAUGGCUAGCAAACAUGUCCGUGCGUUCCAACGGAAGAAACAUCUCUAACUCAUGUGUUGAAGUAUAAAUGUAUAGCCCAUAUUUUUCCA